AUGACUGAAAUUCUUAACAUCGGAGGCGAGCCGGUUUUUGACGAUCUCAUCGUCAAGAUCGAGACUCACACGUACAACCCGUACGCCAACACAACGUUCGACUAUAGCGACGAGAUACGAAUACCUAUACAACAGCAGGAUCUGUAUACGUUGCCGUGCGAAAGUUUUCUCUACGUCGAAGGAACAUUGACGGUGACCAGAGCAGCCGGCCAAGCCGAUAACGUGGUAUUGGGGAAUAAUUGCGUCGCGUUCAUGUUCGAGGAAAUUCGAUACGAGCUCGACGGUGUGGAGAUUGAUCACUGCAGAAACGUAGGAAUAACCAGCACGCUCAAGAACUACGUUACGGUAUCGUCCGACAGAAGCGUGAUCCUGCGAAACACGGGUUGGGAACCGCAUAAUAACGCGAACGAAUACUUCAAUUUCUGCGUACCGCUCAACCUGUUACUGGGAUUUUGCGAGGAUUACAAACGCGUGUGGCGAAUGCCUCACGUGGUAUUGAGCGAGGUCAACAAGCUGUCGAUGCUGCGCGCCUUGGAAAACGGACGAUAUCUAAGUAUGGGUUUCUGUUCGUGGGAUCUGUACGAGUAUCCCCUGUUGCAGAACACGACCAAGCACUCGUGGGCCAUUAAGACCGCGACUCAGCUCGAGAAACCGCGAUACGUCGUCUUCGCUCUGCAAACGGGUCGGAAGAACGUUAUGUCCGCGGACACGAACCGAUUCGACGACUGCAAAUUGACCAACGUGAAACUCUACCUAAACUCGGAAGUCUAUCCGUACGACGAUUUGAAUUUGGACUUUG